UAAUCUUCCUGCUUCACAAGUUUCUCAUGCUAUUCCUUUUUAGGAUUGGCUGUUGUGUAACCCCUUGGACCAAUGGGAUUGGUUCUCCUCAGGCGAACAAGAGCCAGAAGGACUCGGACACCAACGCCUCUGGCAAUAGCAAACCUGUUCCCUUCAGCCAAGCAUCCAACUCUUCACACACUGAGCAAACACCUCCGUCCUCAGCUUCUCCUGUAUUCACGGCGAACAAGAGCCGGAGGGACUCGGACACCAACACCUCUAGCAAUAGCAAACCUGUUCCCUUCAGCCAAGCAUCCAACUCUUCACACACUGAGCAAACACCUCCGUCCUCAGCUUCUCCUGUAUUCACGCUGCCAUGAAGAUAGCUUCAUUCAACGUCCAGAGGUUUGGAACCAGUAAAGUUUCAGAUCCAGAGGUUCUUCACACUCUGGUCCAGAUUGUGUCACGCUAUGACAUCAUCGUGAUCAUCGAAGUGGUGGACAUCAGUGGAGUGGCGGUCAAAUCCCUCCUGGACGCCAUCAACACGAGCUCCAGGAAACACCACUACAGUGUGCAGAUCAGCUCUCGUCUGGGAAGAACUCGCUACAAGGAGCAGUACCUCUUCCUCUACAGGGACGACCUGGUCGACAUGGUGGAUUUUUAUCAGUACGACGACGAAGAGACAGUGAAGGAAGACAUCCUCGCUCGAGACCCGUACAUCCUCCGCUUCCGAUGUCAUAACACAAUCAUCCAGGACCUGGUUCUGGUCCCUGUCCACACUAAACCCCAGGACUCUGACAAGGAGCUGGACCAGCUCUAUGACGUCUUCCUCCACAUGAAGGCCAAGUGGAAGACUGACAAUGUGAUGAUCCUGGGGGAUUUCAAUGCGGACGGUGCCUAUGUCUCCAAGAGAGAGAUGAAGAGCAUUCGUAUCCGUAGUGACCCUAACUUCCAUUGGCUUAUCGCAGACGAUGUCGACACCACGGCCAACACCGGGAACGACCACACUUACGACAGGAUAGUGGUGUAUGGUAAGGACAUGUUGUCGGCUGUGGUUCCUAACUCCGCAAAACCAUUCAACUUCCAGAAGGAGUAUGGACUCACAUACCAACAGGCACUGAAGGUAAGCGACCACUACCCCGUGGAGGUUGAGCUGAAGUCCUGCGUUCAGAAACAAGACACCACUGUUGUCGAGGAUCUGGUGGAUAUACAGAGAGGAAACCUCCUGCUUGAGAGGGAGAAGCUACUGUCUGCAGAUCGAGGUGCUGCAGCUCCAGAAGCAAAGCUGGAGCAUCGUAACUUAGCAACCGAAACCUAACGACCGAUCAAACAUCCUAACUAGAGAUGUCCGAUAUUAUCGGCCCACCGAUAUUAUCGGCCCGAUAUUAGCAUACAAAUGUAAUAUCGGUCAAUAUCGGUAUCGGAUUUUUUUUGCCUUAAAACCGAUUUUUUUUAAUUUUUAUUUAUUUAUUUUUAUUUAUAGCUCAAAUAAAUGUUUUC